AUGUACAAGACAGAAACGUUAUGGAAACGGGCAGGAAACCUAUGGGAAAAGGUAAUGGUAAGAUAUGACAAGCUCUUAGAGUUUAUAGAAACUUUGAAUCCACCGUCAGGGGUAAGAGGUAUUCCAGAGUCAAUUACUAAAUCACUUCAACCAAAACAAUCGAGAAGCUCUGUAGAUGAACUUUGUAAAAAAGUAUAUCAGGUAGAGAAAGAGGAGAGGAGGCAACAGCUUUUGCAAGUAUUGGAAAAUGUUGGUGAUAUGCCUCAAAGCAUGUUAGGCUAUGACAUCAGAGAGGCAACUUCAAUUGACCGACUUAGCCAGCAAGUGUGCCAAUUGCCCCGGUUGACAACUUUACAGGAUAACCAAGAGGAUCAGAACGUUUUACAAGAAUACAACUAUCUGAGAGAUCAAAUAAUACAAAAAUGUAAAGCCAUUGAAGUAGCUAACAAAGUCUUAGAUCAAUCUGGUAAGGACCUAAAGACAAUAGAGAGUCUUUUACAGAACCUACCCGAUCCAGAACGAUUCUUUAGUAAUUACCACAAGACACUUGACGGCGAAUUAAAGAGGAUUUGA